AAAAAAUCCAGCACCGAGUUGCAUCGGCUUCGGUUGCAACACGGACGUAUAUCACCGGCGCACAGCUAACUUCCGUCCAACUCGUUUUUUUCCCCGCAUCGGCAAACUGGAGAGAAAAAAAACAAAAAAACUCCUUGCGAAGUUUGACGUCUGAUUUGUGUGAAUUUUUCAGCUCCAGCAAGAUGAUUUUACUGACAAUGAUCGCUCGUGUGGCGGACGGAUUGCCACUUGCUGCGUCCAUGCAAGAGAAUGACCAGUCAGGAAGAGACCUCCAGCAGUACCAGAGUCAAGCCAAGCAGCUGUGUCGUAAACUGAAUGCACAAAGUCCAGACCGCUGCACCCUGGAAGCAAAGGACAUGAGCUUUCAUUAUUUGAUCGCAGAAGGUGUUUGCUACUUGUCCCUUUGUGAGCCAUCUUUCCCCAAGAAAAUUGUCUUUGCAUACCUUGAAGACCUUCACAGUGAGUUCGCCGACCAGUAUGGACGGAAGGUUUCCUCAGUGACCAGGCCGUACUCCUUCAUUGAGUUUGAUACAUACAUCCAGAAAACCAAAAAGUCAUACACUGACAGCAGGGCCAGGAGGAACUUGGGUAGUAUCAAUACAGAGCUACAAGAUGUUCAAAGAAUUAUGGUCGCCAACAUUGAAGAAGUUUUGCAACGUGGAGAAGCACUUUCUGCUCUGGACACAAAAGCCAGCAAUCUGUCCACCUUGUCGAAGAAGUACCGCAGUGACGCCAAGUACCUGAACACCCGCUCCACGUACGCCAAAGUGGCUGCUGUGACCGUCGUCUUCAUCACACUCAUCAUCUACGUGCGCUUCUGGUGGCUCUGAUGAGACGAUGACACAAUCUUUGGAGGGAUUUCUCACUGAGAGCUGCACAUUUAAACUGAUUACCACUGUGCCUAAACAGCUGACGUGGAGUUCGUUCGAAAGCCGUUUGAGCAUUUAUUCCCUAUUCUUAAUAUCCAGCUUGAGGUCCAUUUACUUGUACGCUCUUUGUCCUCACUAUUAAGACCAUUCAGCGCACUAGUAGAUUUACUAGUAAUGUCUUUUCCCCACUACCGGGGCCACUUUUGGCCUACCUGCACACAAUUAAACUGUACUAGUAAACUACUGUGCAGCACUAGUGGGCAAUGCUACCAGCCAGGCCCAACCAGUUGGCAUGUGUCAUGCAGGUGACCCUACAAGUAGCACCAAAAUGCCCACUAGUAGUUUUGCAUUAUGAGAAAUACACAUUUGUCCUACUAGUAUGCCAAAUUUGAAGUAGUGGGGAAACAUUUUCUACUAGUGCGGAAUGGUCUUACUACUGAGGCCAAAGACCAUACUAGUACAUGGAACUUUUUUCAAUAGAAGACAUUUGAGCAUUUAUUCAUAUCCAGAUUAAGUUCAAUGUACUAGUACACCUUUGUCUUCACUUGUAGGACAACUACAUGUUACUAGUGAGGCAAAAUGUAGUAAAAGUCGUUGACAAAGUAGUAAAAGUAGUUGACAACUAUGUUACUAGUGACAUUAUAAAAUUAUACUAGUUAACAUCUAGCACUUCACUAUUCAUAGUGUACUGAUGUCAACUAGUGCAGUUUUGCCUCAAGUAACCUACUAGUGUGCAGAAAUGUCGUACAGUAGUGGGUGGGAUGUGUGCCUGAAUUGUCUUACUAAUUAGGACGACGCACAUACUAGUUCAUUGAGCGUAUGCUGGAUAUCGAAUAUAUUGAAUAAAUGCUCAAAUGUCUUUCCAUAAGAGCUACAAUUUUGGCCCAGGAGCCAUGAUAUGGACAAUGAGUGUAGAGCAAGCUACCAGUUGGUUUGGUGAAGUCUUGCUGUGGAAGCAGGCUCUUUGUGGUGCGUUCAAGAAGUUCAACUGUGAUCAUGAGAUAUGUUUAUAUGUUUGUUUUAUGAAGAUGUCUUGUGUUUCACCCUGUGGAACAAAGAUCUUUGUCUUAAAAACUGUGAUUAAAAAAAAAAUUCUUCAAUGUUAACACAAGUCAAAGACUCAAUAAUGAGCAAAAUGUCAGUUUUAUUACAAAUGUUUGUAAUUAGUAAACUAUAAGUAUGCCUUGUGUAUGGGUCAUUUUCAUAUAACUUGAUCAACAACAGUAAAGAUACAAAAAAAAUUGUAUUUAGCUAUUUUCAAAAAGUUACUGAUUUCAAAUUUUAGGCAUUCAUAGUAACGGCAGUCUUACUCUUUAGUGACAGUGCAAAUGGUGGUGGCCAAUUGAAAUACACUUUUUAUAAUGGAAAAGACAACACAUGGAUCCUUCCAGUGGCAUUAAGUGUUAAGACUGCCUGAGUGACAAACGACCGUUUUGCAAAAGGGGGGGAAACAAAAACUAAAGACACUAAGAUGCAUUUGUGUUAGUUUUAAUGGAUGGAUGAAUAUUAAGCAAUAGGGAGAACAACCAUCUUCAAAAAUCAUAAUCAUAAAUCAAUCAAAUCAUGAAACUUCAUUUGGGACACACACCGAUACGGACAUUCUGGCAUUAAAAGGUUGAAAAAUAUUGCUUUAGAAUAUUGUUUUCUUUUUUCAAUUAUUACCAUUUGAAUGAUAACAACUGCCAAUAAUUCAAAAACACGUCAGUAAAAUGUAUUUUCAAAAGGAAAUUCAGUGGGGCAAGUCUUUACUGUUAUUGCUAAACAAAUUAUAUGAAAAUGACCCAUAUAUAUUCCAUAUAAAACAUUCUCAGACACUUGGCAUACCUGUACAAUCUAAUGACAUCCAAUAGCCCCAAAUUCUACUUUUACAAAGGUGUUUAACACAUCACUGUACCUCAUAAUGUGGCUCAUGAGUGUAUAGAAUAUUCCUAAGACUUCUCCCCUGGUUCAAACAAAACAAGACCAUCUCAGAAGGUUUGCUCAGUUUGUUGCACAUGACCAAAUUAUAUUUUAUUACAUCCAAAAUAACUAGAUGACAUACCAGAUGUGCAAUUUUUGACUAUGUAAGGAACCACAUAGCAAUUUUGAAAUGAGGGAUGGAGACUAAAGAUGUUUUUGAGAGUGGUGAGAAUUCUAAUUUGCACUGUGGGGUCAUUUUCUGCUUUUUUUCUUCUUCUUUUUUUACCCUCACGAGGUGCAGAGUGAACAUGGCAAAAAACAAAACAAAACAAAAAGAAAGAUUCACGCCAACAUGUCGAAAUCGUCUCUCUGCAAAAGAAGCAGUGGCCUGUCACAUUCCAUGAAAAGGCUGUCUAUUUUAAAUAUGAAAUGGUGAUUUUCAAUUCAGAAAAAUCUUCCAACUAUGCUCACCUCGUCAUUAUAAUUCAUGACAUGCUGUUUGAUCUUUGAGGAAUCCACCCAGGUAACAAAAUCUUCCAUAUUUCUGAAAAUAUAAAAACGAUUUUUCUAUA